UUCCAAAGGAAUAUCUCGCUAACGUAACUCAAAAGGAUGAUGAAAGUGUCAAGGAUUAUAUUGCUCGAUUUAAUGACCGAGUUCAAAACAUGGAACCAUGUCACCCCGAAACCCUGCUCGUCAUGGCAAUCGCUUGGUUGAAACCAAAUUCCAUUUUUCGUUGGACACUAUGCCAGAAUAAGCCAAAUACCUUCCAGAAAUUCCUCGCCCGAGCUCAGCAACAUAUUAUUGCCGAGGAGGCGAUGUCGGUCCCUGAUUUUAAUUUUAACCCAAAGUCGUCCAAGUCGAGAACCAACGACAAGAAGAAAAACAGGUCCUUUGAAAAACAGAACAAGUCUCAGUUCCGAGGUUAUCCCUCGGAAGACGCCAAUGACCCCGAAGUCAGAGCGGCCGGAAAGCAAUACGCUAACGACGUAAAAUCAGGAUACCAAACCGUCUAUUCAGCUGGGGCCGCUAUCAUUUACGAAGAAAUCAAAGGGAAAGGCAUUCUGCCUGAACCGAAACCACUUCGGAUGCCUGAGCACAAGUUGGAUAAAUCGCAAUACUGCGAUUAUCAUAAAUCGCCGGGACACAACACUGAUGAGUGCCUCAGUUUGUUAGCCGCCUUAUUACGUUUAAUCAGACAUCCACAACUCAAGAAAUUAUAUCGAAACACCGAUGUUCGGAAACCAGGGGUAGGACGUCAAAUUAAGCCCUAUGAUGAUGAUGAGGAUGAAGAGCGAGGUACCAUGCCGAAAAGAAUUCGGCAAGGAGAAAAAGAAGUAUUUAUGUUCACCUCGGAGGUGUUUAAUGUUGAUUCAACCGGGAACUCUCGAGGACUUAAAAGGAGUCGAUCUCUCAGUCCGACACAAAUCACCGUCCACCGAGUAAACACCAAUAAUUCCCGAGUUGUGUCAUCUCGUCGUCAAAUCAAAGCUUACGCUCAACAGGCCCACAGUUCGGAUAAGCAAGUUUUCACCACUGAUUUGCGAGAUGUUAUUAAUGCCCGGAAUUUCCCCAUUACUUUCAACAUGGAGGACGCAAACCACUUUGCACAUCCUCAUUCCGACGCUCUUAUCAUUACUGUUCCGAUAUGCGGAAUUUCAGUCCACCAUGUUGUGGUUGACACUGGGACCUAUUCAAGUAUUCUGAUGCUGAAAGCCUUUGAUAAAAUGGGUCUUGACCCCGCAGACAUUCGACCUUGCAAUGAUCAAAUACAAGGGUUCAACGGGAGUACCUCCCGACCUAUUGGUGAGAUUACUUUACCCAUCCGAUUUGGUACGUCUGAACACGUCACGAAACUUGUCAUGGAAACUUUCAAAGUUCUAGAUAUCAACAACAAAUACAACACCAUCAUUGGAAGAACCGCCUUGUACAAACUCCGAGCUGCCG